AUGGGGAAGGUUAAGAAGGUGAAGUCAACUCACUCUAAUAGAAGACAUGCCUUUCUGUCAUUUAGAGAAAGGGUUGAGUCGAUCAAGAUAGAGCCAAGUUUACUGCUUGGUGUGAAAGUAUAUGAUAACGUCGAAUCAUCCCACUUCUUGUCUACCUUAGAACAUUGGAAAGAAGUGAAUCUUAGUGAAAACUUUACUACUUUUUUGGCUACAGUAGAACCCUACUGCUAUACGUUAGCACAAGUCAUACAUCAUAAAGGUCGCAUAUUUGAUGCCCUUUUUUUGCAUAUUGAACGCAAUGACAUUAACUCCAUACAGCCGUUGUUGGAAUUAUUAGCGCAAUUUAUUCAUGAUUUAGGGGAAGAUUUUAUGGUAUUUUAUCCCAGUACUUUGGAAUUGUUAACCAAAAUAUCUUUAUCUAUAAGUCCAAAUGAUUCCCAAAACUCAAGAAAUUCAUCUAACGUAUUGGAAUGGACUUUUAAUUGCUUGGCAUUUGCAUUCAAAUAUCUUGCGAGAGUCCUUUGUAAAGAUCUUAUACCUACAUUUCGAUUAGUCCUUCCCUUGUUUGAGAUUUCGAAGAGAACGUAUAUUUCCAAAUUCUGUGCAGAGGCUCUUUCAUUUUUAAUAAGAAAACUCAAAAGAGAAAGUCUCUCCCAGUUUGUGACUUUUUGCUUCGAAGUCAAUAUGAAAUCAGUUAAGGAAAAUGUGAACUAUCGAGAGUCUUUAGUCACUUUGUUUAGUGAUUCCAUAAAAAGCACUAGAGGAUCAUUCCAUUCGAAAAUGACGAUUAUUAUAUCUGAAAUUUUGAGAGUUGCAUUAUCUAAUAAAGAGCCAGCAAUAACCUCUAUUUUCUCGAAUAUCAUGUUAGAUAUUGUGCAUCAUGGUGAUGAAAGACCAUGCGAACUGGUAUAUGAGCUCGUUUUGAAUGAAAUGUCUGUGACGUUAGUGAAUUCAAAUGAUUUAGACUCCAUUUUGUCUAUUUGCCAAGUUUUGUCGGCUUUAGUCUUUGCAGAUUCAGGGAAAAAGGUCGUUAAUUGGAAAGAUAUAUUGGUUGUGACGGAAUCAUUGAUAGCUAAAAUCAGUACUCUUUUUUCUGACAGUCAUAAAGAGAGUGUCGAUUUGAUGAAUUCUUUAGUUUUUUUGAUAUCUCUUGAAUUCAGGAAUUGUAGUAUACAAGAAAUGACUCCAGUUCAUGCUAAUCUUUUUGCGUCUAUGCAAACAUUAAAUAAUGGAAGCCACUUUUUAUCAUUUGUUGAAGCUGGCUUAGACAUAGCUAGAUCAAAGUUCAUGAGUUUUGGAAUUAUAAAGUUUUUACAGAAGUUUGUUAAUACAUCUCUUAUGAGACCAUCGGAAAUAAUCAAGCUAUCCCUACUCUUGAGUAGAUUACUGGAAUCCAACAUAGAUGAUAUACAGGCGUUGGAAAUACUGGAGAUUUGCUACGGAGAGAUUAAAAAGUACUUGAAAUUGAACCGGGGUUCCUUAACCGAUGAUGCUUUACUUGAAACCUAUUGGAGGCUCACGCUUCUUAAUUACUGUGUUUACGCUAAGGACAAUGACACAAGUUAUCUAGUUGAUUUGUUCGAAUGCGUAAGUGCUGUAGAAAAUCAUUCGAAAACCUGGUCUGAGGUGAUAGCUAUCAAUCUCGAAGUUUUACUAAAAAAUCUUGACGAUCAAACACAUGCGUCACGUCUCUUUUUGAGUAUUUUAUCAAAUUAUGGGGACCUUCGAAAAUCGAGUAAAUUUAUAUCUUCGUUUUCUCGUUUCAUAAAAUCUUGUCCUUCAAUCAAGAAGCUAGUAUUGGAAGAGUAUGAAGGUCUCAUUGAACAAACCACUUCAAACCUUUCUCUUCCAAACCAUGACCUUAGAUAUCAAUCGAUUCUUCUUCUAGAGAACAUUUGCAUCUUGAAGGAAAAUUCCGUCCCGUUCGUAUUAUCUCAAGUUCGAAUACUUGAGGAAAUACCGUUAACGAUAAGUUCGGGGAGAGAUAUAAUUUCAAGAGGUCGUACUUUAGCGGCAUAUUUACUGUCUGAUUCUACAAUAUCGAUGUUUGAAAUUGAUUUAGCAGCAAACUUUUCAUUUGGACUUUUGUCUAAUAAGUUUCAACCAUCUUGGGAUGCUGCAAACGAGAUUUUAAUAUCCAUUCAUGGAUCAAGCUCAGAUACGAUAUGGAAGUUAGCUAAUUGUUUCUUGACUAUGUCCUACUCUACACAAUUUGAGGAGGUACCGGCAUCACUGAAUUCUGCUUCAACUUUACUUAGUUGGCAGCAGGAUGAAAGCAAACUAAGAGAUACUUUGAAACAUUUGGAUGAUACUGUAUUUUUCAAAUAUGACUCGCCUCUUGAAUUUGCCCUAAUUGAGUUUUCUACUCAUGAAGCUGAAAACGAAUAUAGUACUUUAAUGAGAUCUCGCGCAUUGGACACAUUGUCAGCUGUCCCUUCUGUUGCAGAAAGUCAUUCAAAUAAUUUGGUUUAUCUCCUCUCAGGUAAAACAAACGAUGAAGAAUUGACUGACCUGGGAGAUUCUUGGACAGUAAAAGAUCGCACAAAAUUGGCUGGAUUAUUUACUAAGUUCAAAGCAUUGAAUAAAAUCGACGAACGAAAGAAACUUUAUCUACAUAUUUUGUUUUUGUUAAGUAACAAAAGAAAGGAAGUGCAAACUGUUGCGCUAAACGUUUUAUUCAAUUGGAAAAUUGCAGCUAUCAAUAAGCAUAGGGAUAGCUUGGUGAACUUGCUUGAUGACACUACUUUCAAAGAUGAGAUUGCCAAAUUUGCCACACUGAAUACUGAAUCUGAAUCUGAAUCUACGAUAGAUCCAUCUGACAUAGAUGAGCUCAUGCCAGUAGUGCUUCAUAUAUUAUUCGGUCGUGCGCAGGGCUCAACAAAGAGUAAUAGUAAAGCAGGUAAAAAAUUCGCAGCCAUGAACGUAUUACCUAUGUUUCUGGAUGCUCAUAUCAUUCAGUUUCUUGAAAUUGGAGCCGGUAAACUUGGAUAUUCGACAUAUUUUGAAAAAGGCGUUUUAGGUGAAAUCACCGAAUCAUUGUUGAGAAAGGUAAGCGGAUUUGUUAAUCUUUUGAGUGAGAUUUACGAUGUUUUAGGGUUCAAGUUCAAAAACGUUUUGGAAUACUCCAUUAAUCCCCUUAUUUAUUCAUUAAUUAUUGCCCAAAAGGUGAUUUCAGAUGGAGAAUAUACAGUUAUUAUGGAAAAGAGUUCGAAGAAUAUUAGACAAACCGGAAUGAGGUGCUUUUCAGAGCUUUUCAAGCUCAUGGGGGAGCACUAUGAUUGGGAAAAAUAUAUAAGCCCAAUUUAUAAAUUAUUAGUUGCACCUCGGUUAUUAAAAUUUGGAGAUGAAAAUUUGCAGCAACCAUCAUCUCUCAUGAACAUGAUGAUUACAUGGGUACUGUCUUCAAAUGCAAUCCGUUUUCUAUGUAUUGACGAUUUCGCUUGCGGUAAAGCGAUGGUACUGUUGCUUUCAACAAAGGCAAAAAAUUCGGUUCUAUGCAGUGUUUUAGAAUUCUCAUCUAUAGCACUAGAGAAGAAUGACAUCACUUUCGAGAGUUUUUAUGGUUUCUUGGGUAUUUUAGUGGAAGCUCUUUUAGAGAGUUUGCCUGAAAUAUUAGAAACUUCAAGCGAUAAUGAAGUGGUUUCGAGGGCAACUAAACUAUUACUCUUACUCGUCGAGGGAGCCUACAUCGAUGAGGAGAGCACUAGGCUUUUACUAAUUGAGUCUCUAACUAAGGUGUUAGAUAAGAGUAAGUACGCAGAGUCGGAAAUCAAGAUAGGCAUCUUGAAAUCUUUAGCUUCUCUUAUUGAGCUGUCUACGUAUUCUAUCGAGAGUAACGAAUCACUUUACAACACCUGUUCCAAAUUAUUAAAAUUUGAAAAUAAUAGACGUGUUCGGGAGGUAUUGGUUACUGUCUUCCAUAGAUUGGGCGACAGAUCUGACGAGGUAUAUCUUGUUUCCGGUUUAUUAUCUGGAUUAAAUGCCUAUUCGGAUAAACGAAUUAAUGAGCCAGACUUCGAAGCGAGGUUGGAUUCGUUCAAGAAAAUUAAUGAAGAGCUAUAUUCGGAUUUUUCUCCGCAACAGUGGUUACCGAUUCUCUACUGCGCGUUACAUUUCAUCGAAGAUGAAGACGAGCUAGUCAUACGGUCAAAUUCGUCUUAUAUCUUGAGACGAUUUGUUGACUGUUUCUCCAGGAAAGAAAAUGAAGAUUUAGCACAGAAGUAUAUCGUUUUGUUCAAGGAUGUUGUUUUGCCAAAUUUGAGGAUUGGAAUAAAACAUCCCAAUGAGACAAUACAGAAUGAAUAUAUCGAGGUUCUAGCAUACACUGUUGAAUAUUCAAAGUAUUUCACCGACUUUGAUGAUAUGAAAAUCUUAUUAUUUAAUAAUGACGAUGAAGCAAAUUUUUUCAAAAAUAUUAAUCACAUACAGUUGCACCGUCGUCAAAGAGCCAUCAAACGUGUCGGUGAAUAUGGAAAUGAAUUAAAACAAAAUAACAUCUCACAUUAUAUUUUGCCAAUGAUAGAGCAUUAUGCAAUUUGUACAGAUGAAAAGUUCAGAAAUAUCGCUAAUGAAGCAUUACAAACUGUGAGUCUUUUGGCGAAAUGCAUAUCGUGGAAUCAAUAUAAAGCAUUGUUAAAAAGGUAUGUUGCAAAUUUGAGAAAUAAACAAGACCAAUUGAAAGAUAGAGUGCAGUUGAUAGUCGUAACUUCACAUGCAUUAAUGUCAGUUGUUCGAUCGAAGAGAUCAGGCGCUGAGAUUGCGACACUGUUUAGUUUGCCUGAACAGGACAUUUUAGACACGUUUGUUAUUGAUGAAAUAUUUCCUCCCAUCGUAAAAUGCUUAAGCCAUAGGAAUGAUGAGACUGUAGUUUCUAGGACGCCUUUAUCAGAAGCUUUGGCUUGUUUGACUAUGUGUGUUUCAGAAAAUUUGAUUGAAUCACAACUUCCAGGUGUGUUAACUAACACUUGUCAGGUCUUAAGAUCGAGGUCAGAAGAGUUGAGAGAUGCAGUCAGAAAGACAUUAUGUAAAAUAGUGACACUUCUCGGAGCAAGGUAUUUUAGAUUCUUAUUGAAGGAAUUGAAAACUGCUUUGUCUAGGGGUUCUCAGAUUCACGUUUUGAGUUUCACGGUACACUCUCUAUUGACAUCGAUCCAAGGUUCGUUGAAGCACGGAGAUUUGGACGAAUCGUCUGAGUUUUUAGUUAACAUUAUUAUGGAAGACAUCUUUGGGGCUGCAGGUCAAGAGAAGGACGCUGAAGGAUAUCACAGUAAGAUGAAGGAAGUGAAGUUUAAAAAAAGUUUUGAUUCAGGUGAAAUUCUUUCUUCGAAUAUAUCACUUUUAAAUUUUCACGUAUUAAUUGAUCCGAUUAAGCUUUUAUUACUGGAAAAUAUAUCAUUAAAGAUACAAAAUAAGCUUGACGAAUUACUUAGAAAAUAUGCAUUAGGUUUGAAUCAUAAUUCAGAGUCGUCGAGCAAAGACAUAUUAUUUUUGAGUUAUGAAAUGCAUCAACAAUCAUCUGAUUUUUUUAAUCAGAAGAACAAGAGGACACCCAAACAUAAUGAGGCUGAAGAACAUUUCAUGGUCAAGUUGAGUGCGAAGCCUUCAAAAACAGAGGUUGAAUUCUCUCGAUAUGCUUCUAUAUUGCAGAAGUUCUCAUUAGAAUUACUAAGAACGGCUAUCACCAGACAUGAGACUCUACUUUCAGUGUCAUAUCUCGAAGGUUUUUUACCGCUAUUAGAUGGUGACUUAAAUUCCGAUAGCGAAGCUGUCGUAAUCUCUACGUUGCGUAUAUUGUCCCAUAUAAUCAAAUUGCCUUUUUCAGAGGACUCAUUAGCAACAUUUAAGACAUGUGCUAGAAGAUGUCUCAGUUUAGUGAAGGAUAGUCCUUCUACAAACUCCGAGAUUUGUCAAGCAAGUUUGCGUUUUCUUUCAGUCGUUAUAAGACACAGACCAGAGAUUAAUUUGAAAGAUUCUCUCGUGAGCUAUAUAUUGGAGCGAGUCCAGCCAGAUUUAGAAGAACCUAGUAAGCAAGGUGUUGCAUUCAAGUUUGUCAAAGCUGUUUUAUCCCAACAUAUUUUGAUUCCUGAGGUCUACGAUGUCAUGAAUCUGAUAUCACAAAUCAUGGUUGUUAAUCAUUCUAAAGAGAUAAGGGAUAUGGCAAGAAGCUUAUAUUUCACCUUCUUGAUGGAGUACGAUCAGAGCAGGGGAAGGUUGGAGAAACAGUUCAAGUUCCUAGUCCACAAUCUUGAGUACCCUACUCCUGACGGUAGACAAUCUGUAAUGGAAUUGAUUAAUUCAAUUGUAGUGAAGUCAAGUGCUGACUUAUUAAGAAGAUUGUCUUCUUCAUUCUUCAUAGGUCUAGCUGGUGUUUUAGUCAACGAUGAUUCAGCCAGGUGCCGUGAGAUGGCUGCGGCUUUGAUAGCCAGCAUAUUUCAAAAGUUGGACUAUAGCGACAUGAAAGAUAUUGAGACGUAUUGCUAUAAAUGGAUAGCUCAGUCUUCGAACUCACUUUUAAAAAGAUGUGGAUUUUCCGUUUAUAAAAUCUACAUUUCAGAAUAUGGAGUUAACAAAAACAAAAACUUGGAUCAAUCUGCUUUGAAGGCAAUUGAAAGUAUCUUACGUAUGUCGGUCAAGGAUGAAAACGUUGAUGUUGAAUGGGAAUUGAUAUACUCGUCUCUUAGUACGUUUUCAUCUCUUCUGAAUAUAUUGAAAACGACGAUAUUUGAUAGAUUAUACGAGAAUAUCUGGAAGCUUAUUGUUGAAAACUUACUCUUCCCCCACCCUUGGGUUCGCUUGAUAUCCUGCAGGCUAAUUGGGAUACUUUUGACUAACUCUGAGGCUAUUGAUUUUUAUCUUAACGAAUACGAAAUCCAAACAAUUGCUUAUAGAUUAUUACGUCAGCUAGGAGCAUCAACAGUUUCACAGGAAUUGGGUACUCAAAUUGUCAAGAACUUGGUCUUAGUAACCAAAAUGUGGGAGUCAAAUGAAACUUUAUACUAUUAUAAGGCCUCAAAUAAUGACGAAAGCGACGAGCUGACAAAGUACAAAUAUGCAGUUGAUUAUCUUGUUGCAAGAAUAUGCUCAAUAAUGAGACAUGAAUCGAAAUCAAUGGAUUCUUUUAUUUCAAAGAAAUCGUCAAUUCAGUUUUGCGCUAUCUUUAUUCAAUUAUUGUCAAUGGAUAGAUUACUUUCUUAUGCUGAAUUUAUAUUAUUGGCAUUAUAUAAUUUUUCGGAAUUAGAUGCAAAAAAGAGCGAAAAAGAAGCAGAACUUAUUGACUUAUCAUUAGAGUGCACUCAAAUACUAGAAGGGAAAGUAGGAGUUACGCGCUACACAGAUAUCUAUAAUAGAGUGAAGCAGUCAAUUGCUCUUCGAAGACAGGAAAGAAAAUCUAAGAGGGCUCAAUUGGCUUUGAAUGCUCCAGAUAUUGCUGCUAAGAAAAAAUUAAGAAAGCACACGAACUCGCGAGAAAAAAGAAAGCAUGAAAGAGAUGCGAAUGGCUUUUAUCGAAACAAAAGGAGUAAAUACUCGUGA